CACGAGCCAAAGCCAAACCCCCACCUCGCCUCACGCUCAGCCGCCGUGCCGUGCGGUGGGCCGGUGGUGUGCCGUGCGUGUGGUGUGCGUGCGUGGCUAACUCCUCCUCACCCUCGCUCGAUUCCACCAAAAAAAUUCCCCUCUCCAGCUCUCUCGCGACUGGCUCAGGCUCACACACUCGCCACGCCCCCCCCCCCCCCCCCCCAAGCCCAGCGCCGAAGCCUCCGGAUCCCGAUCUGCGAGCUGCCGCCGCCGCUGCUGCUGUUGCCGGUGUUUAGGAUGGAAGGGCACGAGGGUGGGGAGGAGGAGGGGUUGGGGGACCAGUUCGAGCGGCUGCCCGACGAGGUGCUCCUCGACGUGUUCGGCCGCAUCGGCGACGUGAAGGCGCUGGGGCGAUGCGCGCUCGUCUCGCGGCGGUUCCACGCGCUCGUCCCCCUCGUCGACUCGGUGUUCGUCCGCGUCGACUGCGUCAUAUCCGACGACCCGCCCCCCUCGUCGGCGGGCUCCGCGCAGGCCGCUGCGGCGGCGGAGGGGGGACCUCCCGCCGCGCGGGGGCGCGGCGCGCUCGCGCAUCUCGCGCGCCUGGUGCUCGGCGGCAUCGUCAGGCCCAUCCAGGCACUCGGGCAGAUCCUCUCCCCGGCCGCGGCGACCGUCUCCCGUCGCUCCGCUGCCCCGCCCGCCGCACCGGCUCCUGCCGCCGCGGACGUCUCCCACCAUUCGCCGUCUGAGGUCCUCCGCUCCUUCAAGGAGCUGCGCCGCCUCCACAUCGAGCUGCCCACCGGCGAGCUCGGCAUCGAGGACGGCGUGCUCCUCAAGUGGAAGGCUGACUUUGGUUCCACCCUCGGCAGCUGUGUCAUACUCGGCGCGUCAUCUGUAACGUCGAAGCCACCCCCACCACCGGCCGCGCCGCCCCCAACUGCUGCAGACAGCUCGGCUGCCUCUCCCGAUUCCAGCAGAGAGCCCGAUGAAUUAGGGAACAUCCCAGAGUCACUCUAUACGAAUGGAGGGCUUAAGCUCCGUGUUGUCUGGACGAUCAGCUCACUCAUCGCUGCUUCGGCACGGCAUUACUUGCUGCAGCCAAUCAUCGCAGAUCACUCAACACUCGAGAGCUUGGACCUGACGGAUGCUGAUGGGCAGGGCGUCCUCACUAUGGACAAGAGGCAGCUGCAGGAGCUGCGUGUGCGGCCUGUGUCAGCUUCUGGGAACUCGCACCGCACACUCAUGCCAGCACUUAGUAUGCGGCUAUGGUACGCUCCGCAUAUUGAGCUUCCUGGGGGCCAACUGCUUAAGGGUGCUACACUGGUAGCAAUCAGACCAAGCGAGGAUGUUCUAAGGGAAGGGGGAGGAAUUGAGGUUGCUGGCCCGACAGGAGCUAGCUGGAUUUUAGAUGCCUUUGAGGAGCCAUAUCGAACAGCGGCACAGGUGCUUCUCAAGCGGCGGACAUAUAGUCUUGAAAUGAACUCAUUCUGACCAUCAGAGAGGCAGCUUCAGAGAGCUCUACACUUUGGGGAGGAUAUGAUGGGAUGCUAUUGAGACGUAUCUAGGAGUCAUGGUGGACAUCAGGCAUCUGUAAGUAUAUACACCUGUUUAUGUUGGGCUGUUUGGCAUAGAGUUGGAAUGGAAUGUGUUAUCUGCAGCAAAAGCACCCUGAAGAAAUGCCAUGAAAUACAUCUACACAUGAGGUUGGAGUGCCCGGUCAUGCAGACAACGCAUCUGUUGAUUGUCUCUUCUACGAGGAGGCCCCAUCGAUUAUUAGAUUUAAUAGUGUCAUUUUUUGCUUUUAGUUGCCCGCACUGUGCUGUUAGCUCUGUAUCAAAUUAUGGACAAAACAUGCUCUGCUUUCCAGAAAAGUUUGAGCCGUGCUGCCUCAUGUGACCUUGUAACCUUUUGUGUAUCAGACUACAAAGUUACUUCCCGACUGACUUUUUCUUUUAUUGGAUAAAAGGGAGUGCGUGACUACAGUAUAGAAA